AUGGGGGAUGAGUGGAGCGCGAGGGGUUUGUGCGCCCCCGAAGACUUAACUUCUUUAACUCAUUUGCACGAGGCGGCGGUUUUGGACUCUUUAGCAAUUCGAUUUGAACUCGACUGUAUCUACACCUUCACGGGGCCCAUUCUCAUUGCCGUAAACCCUUUCAAAACCAUCAAGGGCAUGUACGGGCCCCAGACGCUGCAGCGUUUCCUUUUGCCGUCUUCGGACAGCGAGGGCGCGCCCCCCAGCAGCAGCAGCAGCAGCAGCAGCAGCAGCAGCAGCAGGGAGCCGCACGUGUUUGCGACAAGCCGCGCAGCUUACGAGGGCCUUUGCUUGAAAGGCCAAAACCAAACAAUUUUAAUUAGUGGAGAAUCUGGAGCUGGAAAAACUGAAAGCACAAAAUACGUCAUGAAGUUCCUCGCUUCCGCCGGGUGUACAGACACCGCAAGGUCCACAGUGGAGACGCAAGUGCUGGAGUCGAACCCUUUGCUGGAGGCCUUUGGAAACGCGCGGACUUUGCGAAAUGACAAUUCUUCCCGUUUUGGAAAAUUCAUCGAAUUGCAAUUUCGAAAAAGUUCCAAAAAGGGAAUUAACAACAGACGUCUGUGCGGCGCGCGAAUUCAAACAUAUUUGUUGGAAAAGGUCCGGGUUUGUCAGCAGCAAGAAGGGGAAAGAAAUUAUCACAUUUUUUAUCAGCUUUGUGCUGCAGCAGCAGCAGCAGCAGAGCGCAGCGGGGGUAUCUACACGCUGAACGCAGCAGCAGCAGCAGCAGCAGCAGCAGCAGCAACCGGCACUGCGCCCCUCGACGACGCCCCCCCCCAGCACCCGCCGCAGCAGCAGCAGCAGCAGCAGCAGCAGAGUGUGCUGCAGCUGGACAUGCGGGAGUUCGAAAGUCGGGAGAACUUCAAAGUGCUGACGUGCAGCAGCUGCAGCGAACUGACAGGAGUUGAUGAUUGCUGCUGCUUCGAUGCAACAGCAGCAGCAAUGGUGGUUUUGGGGCUGCAGCAGCAGCAAAUCCAGCAGGUGUGCAACGUUGCUGCUGCAGUGCUGUGUCUGGGCAAUCUGGAGUUCACGCCGCAGCAAAACGACUCCGAAGCAGCAGCAGCAGCAGCAGCAGCAAAACCCUACCUCCUCAAAGCAGCAAAACUCCUAACCCUAAACCCUCAAACCCUUCUCCAGGCCCUCUGCAGCAAAACCAUCAAAACCUCCCGCGAAACCCUCAAGUAA